AUGUUAUAUGAGCCCAAGGGCACACAAGACAAUAUUGCAUACUGGUCGACGUGUCGAGAUGAUAUGUUGCACUACAACAACCUGCGCUCGAGUCCAGUUGGGGCUCGAGGUGAGGCCGAAACUGUAGUUCACCCUGUAUGAGAUUCUCAUCUCGACUCGAGUGGACUCGCCCACAGCUUUGACCUUGCCGAAACCUGUCUCCUCACCAUCCAAAUGGAAAUCAAACCCUUGUUAGGAUUUGUCUCUUGUCUGGUCGGAGGCGAAGUGGCGGGUGGAAGGGAUCCAGACGGAUGUGGAGGUAAGGUCUUUUCUUGUUUCUGCCCCUCUUCCUGUCCUUGUGCUUAUGCUUAUGUCUGCGUCUGUGUCUGUGCCCAUGCCUGCUUCACUCCCACCCGGGCAGGGUGA